CAUUAACGAGACAAAGAAUAUGAAAAAAUCUCUGUUUGCUGCAAACAUUUCAGCCGUUCGCAUAAAGAAUGGUUCGUACAUUACUAUAAACGAUCCCUUAGAUGCUUUUUUGUCUGAUUAUAACAUUACAAGUAAACCGUCUCCGAAGAACUACACGGAGACUCCUGCAAACGACACUCACAAGUCAGAAUACAAAAUUACGUUUCAAAAUAUUGCCACAAAUUUAACAACAGAUACAACAAGUUCUCGUGUUUCUUCGAAAACAAACAACGCACUUUCCCAUACAUGGGAUUCUCAGGUCGCCAAUCAAAGCUUCGAUGUAAUUCACGAUGCAAGUGAUAUUGACGAACUUGAUUCCAUAUUCGAUAAUGCUCAAUCAUCUCCAUUCACAAUUCAUGACAUGCAGAAUAGAAUCAACGAUUUCUCAAGUGGCUACAACCAUCGACAAUCUUCUCAACUCAAGAAGAAUCGUCCAAAUGCAAAGGAUGGUAUGAUCAUAGUAAAGAAAGGAAAACAUCCUGCUCCUAUGUUUGGUGGUGAUUUAUUGCUUGCAGCAGAUAGCGUAGUUUAUUUUGUGAAGUUCAAUGAAUAUAUGAAACCUUUGCUUACUUUGGAGAAUGUUAUGGAAUUUCUGAGAACUUGCAGCAACAUUUUGGAUAUUGAAAAUGCGAGAGAGUGGAAAAACGCGCAAAGACAUGUUGUACAACUGAGCAAAACAGGUGUUGAUAUAAUGAAAGAUGGUAAUGUUGUGGACUGGGAAAGAGCUUCGAGAAGAACUACAACUGGUAUGAGGAGUUCAUCUGUUUUGUAUGAGAUGAUCGAAGCUGUUGAAUCUUUCGGUCUUUCAGCAUCGUAUCAGUUGGAGUCAUUUGUAAAUCAAGUUAUCAUUAGUAAAAAUAUCGCUAUGGAAUUGUCUACUAUCCUAACAGACAUUGAAGGACCUGCACCAAACAUUGUGUUUCCAAACAUUUCCGAUCCUCGCAUCCAUGAGUGGUCUAACGAAACAAACCUUAUUACAUUGUCCCCGGCCGCAUUAGAUGAUAUUGCACAUGGAGCUAAUGUGGAAGCACACGUUGUGGGAGUCUUGUUUAAAACAAUAGGAAAUUUAAGUAUUCCUGUUGAAGAAGGAUCCGGAAAUAUGAAUGUCGAAAGUGGUAAUAUGAUGUCACUGUCUGUAUUUCCUAAAGUUGCUGACGAACUGGAUCCACCUUUAAGAAUUACACUUGAACAUUUAAAUCCUGAAAUGGCUCGUUUCAAGCAAGAUUGUGUAUUCCUAAACUCAAGCGCAGAGAACAUUUACGAAAUGUGGUCUAAAGAUGGUUGUCGAGUUGCAGACGUCAAUAUUACUCAUACAACUUGUGAAUGCAACAAAAUGUCAACAUUCAGCUUACUUGUUGAUAAAAGCAGACCAAAUGAUUUUGUGAUUCAGUCGGUUCCAAUCCCACCAAAAAUUGGUAGUGGUGGGAAAUCAAGAAAAACUCGUUCCAUUCGUCUGGCACUGUACAUUGUUUUACCUAUCUUGUUGAUUCUUGCUAUUCUUUUGAUUCUUAUGGUUUUCUUAUGGAGAAGGCGAAAAGGCAAAAAGCUAAAUGGUCGUGAUAAGGAAUCCGCAAUUGGUAGAGGUGAAAGAAACAAACCGGAUUUACUCACUGAAACCUUACCUAAGGUUGAACGUGAAUCCUCCAGUCUCUCCACCACUUCUGGUGAGAAGAAAAUACGAAAGAAAGGAGAGGGACGUCGAAAGAAAAAAAGAAAACGGCGGAACACGAUUGACAAAGACAGCAUUACAGAAGAAACGCAACAGGCAAGUAUAUUUUGUUUUGAUCUCAAGCAUAUUAACGUGUGCGAAACGUCUUUCUAUGAACAAUCUAAAUUAUCGUCACCAUCAGAGUGACGACGAACGUUCCCUGGGCGAACUACGUUUGCACAAAGAUCUCCAGGAACAACUGUUAAUGAAAGAAAAAGCGAUGAUCUUUUCUGAUUAUCACCAACCUUAUAACUUCAUAUCCCAUGAAGAGCCCGCUGCCGAACCAGUAGACUCUUCCACUCCCCUACCCGUCAAAUCAAAGACAGACAGUUACCCUCGACGUCACAGACAUCCCAUGUCAUAUGAAGAAGACACACGAGGAAAAAUUGGCUUUAAUAUGCAAAAGCACAAUUCAGAAAGUGUGCCACCUUUACAAACUUCGUCUGGAAGUUCAGGCUCCCCUGAAGACAGGAGGACCACCACUCCUUCUAAAAUAUUUAAUUUAAUCGAGAACUCUGUACAUGAAGAGCCUUUAGAAAAACAAAGACUUGCUAAAGAUAGUGUUCGGACGCUAUUCCCAAAUGAAUAUUUUAGCACACUGAAUACUGAUGGUGUUGUCACACCUAAAUCCAAAAAGAAAUUUAGGAAUCAAAAAAGGAAAGAUAAUUUAGCUAGUGUCGAGGACGUUGACGGAACCUCUUCAUCAAGACGAAGUGAAGUUAAGAAGAAAAAGAAAUUGUUCGGUAGAAAUACCCGGAGUGCCAGUCAAACAUCAUUAGAUGUAAUACAAGAGAACCCUAUUGAAUCAGGUGAAAAGACACAACCACGUGCACAACCACUUGAACAAGAUAAGAGACUAGAAUCAAAGCCUCCAAUUAGCCCAGCUAAAAAGAAACUUUUCAAAGGUAGUAACAAAAAAUUACUUGCGACUAAGAAACCUGAGAUCGCAGUAUCAGAUGGAGUAUCUUACGAUGAUAUGAUUGCUGAAGAAGAACCUGAAAAACGGGCGUCUUCUUCAAAACAAUUCAGCGAUAGUAAAGCCCCUUUAAAGUUAGUAAAAAAGGCAAAGAAAAAAGAGGACGCUGGUCGUCUAUUAUAGGAAAUAUCAAACGCAAUGGAAAAGUGAAGGAUCUCUUCACAUUAUCCACUGUAUUAGCGAAGACCUUAACAAACGGACGAUGAAGAUUCUGGAAAAUCUCUCUUUACGGAGACUAAGCAGAAGUAGGAAUCCUUUAAACAGAGACAUUUUGAUAAUUUAUAGUGCAUCGCUCUCAAAGAAAAUAAAUUAAAUUUUUGCCUAUAA